CAAGAUAUAAAUAGAAAGGGCAAAUAACAGUCACUGUCAGACAUGACCGGAGGAAUUUUAAUUACUGGAGGGCUGCAACUAAAUCCAUCAAACGUUCUAGUAACACCAGGAAAAGAUAACUUUUCGGUGUCGUUUCAUUGAUUAUCCCAUAAACUUUUUCUUACGUCAAUCGUGAAGAUGAAACGUUAAUCUUGGUCUUAUUGAUUCGUUUAAUCCCGUAGUCUUGUGGAAGAUAUUUUUCUUUGGAUUUGCGAGGAGAGAGGAAUGUGUUUUGAUUGCUCAGGCUGAUUCUCUGUGGUCCCAUCCAUGAUUGGGCAGUUAUUGGAUAGCCUCUGCAUCUCAUUUGUAAUUUUGGCCCUUGUGGUUAGUUCAGUCCCUCCCAUACAUGUUGGUUAUCUUCUGUCCUGGGCGCUUAAAAUUAAGACACAAGAUCGUCUUUGGCACUCGAACAUGGGAAUAUAUCUUAGCAGCCCAAAGACAGAAAAGGUGUCAGAAGAUGGAGAAAAUGAUCGGAUUAAAUAUGGCGUGUCAAAUAUGCAAGGGUGGCGUGCCAGCAUGGAAGAUGCGCAUGCUGCUGUCCCAGAUUUUGAUGAUGGCAUGUCUUUCUUUGGUGUUUAUGAUGGUCAUGGAGGUAAAGUUGUGUCUAAGUUUUGUGCCAAGUUUCUACAUCAAGUUGUGAAAGCUGAAAAUCAUAAAAAGGGUGAUAUAUGUGAAAGCCUUCAAGCAGCAUUUUUCAGGAUGGAUGAGAUGAUGUGUGGGGAAAGAGGGUGGAGAGAGUUAGCCAUAUUAGGAGACAAGCAAAAUAAAAUCACGGGUUUGUUGGAUGGGAUCAUGUGGUCUCCAAGAAGUUCAGCAAAUAGAUCUGAUGUAAAUGAAGAUGAUUGGGCAUCUGAGCAAGGAUCCCACGAAGAUUUUUCUGGACCAACCUCUGGAAGCACAGCAUGUGUUGCAGUUAUACAAAACAACAAACUCAUUGUGGCAAAUGCUGGGGAUUCCCGUUGUGUCCUUUCGAGAAAGGGUCAGGCAUAUAAUUUGUCAAGGGAUCACAAGCCAGACCUUGAGAAUGAAAAGGAGAGGAUUCUUCAAGCAGGAGGCUUCAUACAUGCUGGGCGUGUGAAUGGAAGUUUGAAUUUGGCAAGGGCAAUUGGAGAUAUGGAAUUGAAGCAGAAUAAGAACCUACCUCCUGAAAAGCAAAUUUUGACUGCUUGUCCAGACAUUAAUGUUGUGGAACUUUGUGAAGAUGAUGAAUUUGUUGUCCUGGCAUGUGAUGGGAUUUGGGAUGUCAUGUCUAGUCAACAAACUGUCGACUUCAUACAUGAACACAUCAAAUCAGAGAAUAAUCUCUCGGCAGUGUGUGAGAAGGUUCUUGACAGAUGUCUUGCUCCAACUACAUCUUUAGGGGAAGGUUGCGAUAACAUGACCAUUAUCAUAGUGCAGCUCAGGAACUGUACUGAAACCAAAUGCAAUGAUUAACAUUGUAGCUUGAACAACAAUUGGCUUAAAGUUCUCUGACUCGUGCAACAAUAUAGUUGUACAUCAUCUUCAUACGAAGUGUGGUCUGACAGAAAAUGUUAUUUUUCAUCUGGCGCUUUAUGUUCAUUUCAGGGCCAGGUUCUCAUCGUUGGUUAUUGUCUACCUAUUGUUAAUUCAAAACAAUAACCAUUAGAAGAAUGCUUCAUUUGAGAGAAUGGUCAUUCAAGCUCUAGAAAAUGUUAAAGGUGCAUUACAGUCUGCACUGAAGUUUUUUCCCCACAAUGUUAAUAGAUUGCAGAUUUUAUAUACAUUUCAUUAAGGUUUCCGAAAUCUAAUAUCUACAUGAAAUGCAUAUCAGAAAUUAAGAGUAUACAAUAUAGGAUGGGAGAAUCGAGGUAAUGAUGUUAUUAUCCUUGGACGGAACAAACUUCUAGUUUAUGUAUGGUCUGCAAUGAUGCAAAGUGAUCUGCUUAACAUACGUAUGGCAAAUAUGAUUAUUUAACCAGAAGAAUUUCUAUUA